CACGUAGUUUUUUUGUUGUGCCCCCGUAGAAAGCAGUAGAAGCGGCAUUAUGAACAAAUUUAUCAUUUUAUUAUCGGUCACCAUUAUUUUGCUCCUGUCACACGCACUCGGACAGGCUGAGAGUGACUUUGAAAAACGAUAUGGCAAGUAUAUUCGGUGCAAACAAACGCACAAACCCACAGACGAGGAACUCGAAAUUUACAGUAACAGUGACACAAUUUGUCGUCAAAAGGCGAAACACGCAUUGGGCGCAGAUGCUGGCGAUGAUUUCCACAAUAAAGUUAGCUGUGUAAAUCAUUGCGUGCGUAACCAUCAGCCAAAUGGAUUUGGAGACCACGUUUCUUACUGUAUCAAGGCAGUUGACGAGGGAACCUACAGCGAGUCAAAUUGCAAACGUGAAUUGUGAAGAAUUUUUCAAAAAUAAAAAAAAAGAUGAGAAAAAUGUGGAA